AUGUCGACCCACGAAAUGAAGCACAUGGCGCCUCCCAUGCUAAAUGAGGUGGAGGGACAACCAUCUUAUCAAAGCAAAGACGAUGCCUACCUGGCUCGCAUGGGGAAGCGCCCCGUUCUAAAGAGAAACUUCGGUUUGAUGUCAAUGGUGGGCUUUAGCUGUACGCUUCUGGUCACCUGGGAGGGAUAUAUCUUUGGUGGUCCAGCUGGCUCUGUAUAUGGCUACCUUUUCGUCUGGGCUGGUGUAACAGCAACUUUCGUCGUGAUAUCGGAACUUGUAUCGAUGGCUCCCACAGCCGGUGGACAAUACCAUUGGUGCUCGAUGAUGGCCCCUCCAUCGGCGAUGAAGCUGGUUAGUUACAUUACAGGCUGGCUCACAGUUAUCGGGUGGCAAGCCACUUUCUCAUCCGCAAUGUAUCUCAAUGGAAACAUGAUCGAAGCCCUUAUUAUCCUUACCAGAUCAAGUUACACCCCUAAACCAUGGCGAAGGACUCUAUAUUCAUGGAGUCUCUCCGUGAUUUCCGCUGUUAUCAACAUCGUCGGUGGUAAAGUUCUACCCCGGUUCGAGGGUACCAUUCUGAUAUUCCACAUUAUCGGGUUCUUUUGCAUUCUUGUCCCCUUGACUUAUAUGGCGGACCACAAAUCGUCGGCGGAAGAGGUAUUUACGUACUUUAUCAACGACGGUCACUGGCCUACAAAGGCACUUUCGGUGUUUAUCGGGUUGACGGGACCCGUCUUUGCUUUUGCUGGGGGUGACGCUGCCGUACAUAUGGUCGAAGAAAUGAACAAUGCAACGACUGCUGUUCCCUUAUCUCUGAUGCUUACAGUGUUAAUCAAUGGUUCUAUGGGAUUCGGAAUGAUGCUUGCCUUGUAUUUCUGCCUCGGCGAUAUUCAAACCUCACUCAAUUCACCAACAGGGGUACCCUUCCUGUCUAUCUUCCUCCAGGCAACAGGAUCUUUGUCUGGUACCACGAUUGCAGGAGCUCUUGUAACGGCCAUGGGAUGCUGCAAUACCAUCGGUACCCUAACAUCAGCAUCACGUCAAUUCUGGUCCUUCUCUCGUGACCGAGGAAUCCCGGGCUGGCGAGUGUGGAGUAAGGUGACAGAGCGCACAGCGAUCCCGACAUAUACAGUCCUCCUGAUGGCAAGUAUCGGGUGCCUCCUGAAUCUCAUCACGAUCGGCUCAAAUGUGGCAUUUAACAGCCUGGUAUCCAUGUCCAUAUCCGGUCUUUACCUGUCGUAUAUGGCAGCUGGGGGGCUUCUGCUCUACCGCCGUUGCACCGGCGCAAUCGGAAACACGAGUGCUAAUGAGCAGUCGGUGAUCAACACCGCAGGGGCCAAGUUGGUCUGGGGCCCAUUCCACGUUCCGGGCAUCUUAGGUAUCACGAUCAACAUCUUUUCCUUGUGCUAUAUGGCCAUUGCUACUUUCUUCGGUUUUUGGCCUCCAAUUAACGAUGUCAACACGCAGACAAUGAACUAUAGUAUUGUUGGAACAGUGGGGACCAUCAUUCUGAGUCUUUUGUAUUACUUCGUUCGGGCCCGGAAUGUGUACGGUGGGCCUGUUAUAGAGAUAUCAUGA